AAAAAUUAUUCAAAUAAUAUACUAAUUUUUAUAAAAAUUGUAUAAUUUUAACAAAUUUUUUACGAAAUAAAAGUGAUACGUGAUUUAACAGCGUGCUCGCAAUGGCCGAUGACACCACUCCUCUACCUAAGCGGCGUCAAUUGAGAGAACGAACUAGAAAAUUAUACACUGAUGAUUUUACAUACGGUGAUGAAGAAAUUGAAGGCAAAAGAACUUUUCAAUUAGAUGAAAAAAUUGAAUGUGCAAGAUAUGAUCUUAAAAAUUUUGCCGGUUUAUUUCGAGAAAUGACUGGUCCGGAAUUAAAUCUGGCGUAUCUUCAGAAGCAUGGCUUGACAAUACCUUUACUUUUUAGAGAUAGUGUAGGGCUUGGUUUACGAGUUCCAAGCUCGAAUUUUUCUGUAAAUGAUGUAAGGACUUGCGUAGGAUCUAAGAGAAUAUUAGAAGUGAUGGACGUUGACACUCAAAAGAAUGAAGAAAUGACAAUGAAAGAUUGGCAAAAAUAUUAUGAAGAUUCAGAAAAAGAAAGACUGCUCAAUGUUAUAUCAUUAGAGUUUAGUCAUACUAAAUUGGAAAAUUAUGUACAAUCUCCGACAAUAGUUCGACAAAUUGAUUGGGUAGAUACAGUUUGGCCAAGACAUUUAAUAGAAGCUCAAACAGAAUCAACUAAUGUAUUAGGAGAUAUGAUGUAUCCUAAAGUGAAGCUGUACUGUUUAAUGUCAGUGAAAGGUUGUUACACAGAUUAUCAUGUAGAUUUUGGAGGAACAAGUGUAUGGUAUCAUAUUUUACGAGGAAAAAAGAUAUUUUGGUUAAUUCCACCAACAGAAAAAAAUUUAGAUUUAUAUCAGGAAUGGGUAUUGAGUGGGAAACAAUCAGAUGUAUUUUUUGGAGAUAUGGUAGAUCGAUGUGGAAGAAUUUGUUUGGAAGCUGGAAUGACAUUGUUUAUACCAACUGGUUGGAUUCAUGCUGUCUAUACUCCGGAAGACUCUCUAGUGUUUGGAGGAAAUUUUUUACAUAGUUUUGGUAUUGAGAAACAAUUAAAAGUAGCUCAAGUAGAAGAACAUACCAAAGUACCUCAAAAAUUUCGAUAUCCAUUUUUUACUGAGAUGCUAUGGUAUGUUUUGGAACGAUAUGUCCAUGUCCUUUUGGGUCGUAGUCAUUUGGAUAUCCCCGAGAAUCAACGUCAACAUAUAACUCCAUCAAUACAAACGCAUCAACACCUCACUCAAUUUGAGCUACAUGGAUUAAAGUCAAUUGUCAUGUAUUUACAUUCAUUGCCAUCAACUAAAAAAAAUGUUCCAGAAUUAAUUCGUGAUCCAGUUGCUUUAAUUCAUGAUGUUCGAGGUCUUGUAGAACAACAUAGGCAUGAUAAUCCUGAUGCAGCAGUAACUGGACGUCCAAUUUUACCAGCCCCACCACCAUUGACGAUUGCUGAACGGGAACGUCUUAAAUUGCCAAAAAAACAUUUCCCAAAGAUACCAAAAUCAGAAGCUAAAGCACCAAUGCCUCGGAGACGUCGUACACGAUGUAAAAGAUGUGAAGCUUGUACUCGACAAGAUUGUGGUGAAUGUGUUUACUGUCAAGACAUGGUGAAAUUUGGUGGAAGUGGUCGAGCUAAACAAACAUGCAUUACACGACAGUGUUUGAGACCAAUGUUACCAGUGACUGCAGCUUGUAAAGUUUGUCAAUUAGAUGGCUGGGGACAACAGCCGGCUCCACUCAUGGGUAAACCUAUUCCUGGAACACCUUCAAAUCUGAUGGAAUGUUCUAUUUGUUAUGACAUUGUACAUCCUGAAUGUGUUGGAGUGGAUAUAAAACAAAUGGUGAUAAGUGAAGAUGUACCGAAUAGUUGGGAGUGUCCUUCGUGUCUUCAAAGUGGGCGAAAUCUUGACCAUAAACCACGUCAAGCAAAAGCUCGAAUUCGUAAAGUAUCUGUAUCAAGUGCAGCAUCAUCAGCUCCUACAACGGAUUCAGAAAGAGCUACAACUCCGAGUAAAAGAGCUCGACCUGAACCUACAGAGACAUGGAAUGAACGUGAACCGGCUGAAGGUGAUCAACGAUCAGCAUUAAGAACACAAUUAGCUGCUCAAUUAACUGGCUCCAGUAAUAAAUCACUGAAGCGACCUCAUGCUGUAGUUCGACCCGUCCAGAUACCACUUGUUCAACGCUCCGAGCAUAACGGUCAAUCAUUAGCAUAUGAUAGAACUGUUCUUUUGGCCAUAUUCAAGUACUUAAGUUCAAAAGAUUUGGCAAUAUGUGCUAGAGUUUGUCGGACUUGGGCAAGAUACAGCAUAGAUCCAAGUCUUUGGAGACACAUGGAUAUGACUCGAGCGCACUUGACAGCUUCACAUCUAACUGGUAUUGUUCGAAGACAGCCAGAAAGUCUGUGUUUAGAUUGGACCAAUAUUGCUAAAAAACAAUUGGCGUGGUUACUUGCACGACUUCCUCAGCUUCGUCACUUAUCAUUACAAGGCUGUGCUUUAGCUAGUGUUUGUGCAUUAGGAACUUGUACAUGCCCGCCAUUAAUCAGUUUAGAUCUUAGUUACAUAACAAAAUUUUGUGAUGCUCGACUUCGUGAAAUUUUGGAUCCACCAACUGAUUCCAGGCCUGGACUAAUAGAUAAAACUUCAAGAUUAAAACAUCUGAAAAGUUUAUCGCUUGCUGGUAGUGAUGUUUCAGAUGUUGCUUUGAGAUAUAUUGCUCAACAUUUGCCUCAUUUAGAAAAUCUUGAUUUAUCAUCAUGUGGCCGAAUCACUGAUGCUGGUGUUGCUCAAAUAGCUGCACCAUCAACGCAAGCUAUUGUCAAUCUUGUUUCUCUCAAUCUUUCCGAUUGUCGACUUCUAACUGAAACUACUUUGGAGUAUUUAACGCGAUGUAAAGCUCUUAAACGGCUUGAUCUUCGACAUACAACUCAUGUUUCCACACAAAGUGUAAUUAAAUUUGCAGCAAGAAGUAUUCAUAAUUUACAUGUUACUGAUGUAAAACUUGUUGAAGAAAAGAAAGUUGCAAAAAGUGGAAUUAAAAGAGCGUAAGAUAAUGAAUGAUAAACAAUAUCUAAAGUUUUGGUACCUGGAAUUUUUAGGUAUUUAUA